GAACCCAGCAGGGGCGGACACGAGGCGGAGCGACUUCCCGAGGGGUCGAACUGCGCGCGGUGUUUCGCCUCUCCGGUUGAUCCGUCCCUGGUACCCCCACAGAUCGCAGGUACCCCCACAGAUCGCAGAGUCGCGAUGCCCAAGGUGAAGAGGAGCCGGAAGCCGCCGCCCGAUGGCUGGGAGCUCAUCGAGCCCACACUGGACGAGCUGGACCAGAAGAUGAGGGAAGCUGAGACGGAGCCACACGAAGGGAAGCGGAAGGUGGAGGCGCUGUGGCCGAUCUUCCGGAUCCACCACCAGAAGUCCCGCUACAUCUUCGACCUCUUCUACAAGAGGCACGCCAUCAGCAGAGAGCUGUACGAUUACUGCGUGAAGGAGGGCUACGCCGACGCCAGUCUCAUCGCCAAGUGGAAGAAGCCGGGCUACGAGAACCUCUGCUGCCUGCGCUGCAUUCAAACGCGCGACACAAACUUCGGCACCAACUGUAUCUGCCGCGUCCCCAAGGCCAAGCUGGAGGAGGGCAAGAUCGUCGAGUGCGUUCACUGUGGGUGUCGGGGCUGCUCCGGAUGAGAUCUCGGGCACCGUUAUCCCUCCCUCCCUCACUGCCCACACUCCUUCUGGCCUCCGUGCACCCCACACACUUUUAUGUUUUUUGUUAUUUACUGACGAUGUAGAAACUUCCUUUUGCAUUGUUUUCCUUUCUACUUGGCACUCACCUGCUAUUUACAUGCGAAAGCCCAGUUUGCCUUGGUCCAGUGAAGCGGGAGCUGCAAAUUUUAAGUUGGGGGGGGGUGGGUGGGCAGUGUCCUUGGGGGAAGAAAAAAACUCAAUGAUCCACAAAUGCUCAUUGUACAGAGAGGGGCUGGUUGGGUUGAGCGGGAGGAGAAAAGUGGGCCAACCGUGUGAAUCAUCAAAUGCUUUCAGAAUUGAGCGCGUACAUUUUUUAAAUAAUAAAACGUGGUUUGUCGAUUGUUUCAAUGAAGCCAGCAUGAGUUAUGUUUUCAAAAAAGUAAAUCUUUGUCACAUUUUUCCAAGAUACUCUACUUAAUGAAUAAAUAAUUUGCUGCCCUUUGUCAAUCAGCUGACCGAUGAAAGGGCCGCUUCCCUAUGAUGUAUCGGUCACGGGGACUUGAACCAUACUUCACCAAUACUGGUCGCUGUGGGAUUUGGUUUAUUGGGUAGGUGGAUGAAUGGCCCAGGACUGGCUCAGGUCUAACUUCACUUAUAUGCGUCACGGUCGCCGGAGAUCAAACUCGGGUCACAAGGUUCAUAGCGUACUGCGCUAACCGCAGCACCGCCGCUCCCAUAGCGUGGUGUUUCAUAAAUAUAACUGACGUAGAGUCGUUAUCGCCUCUGGUGAACUUUAGCAGUUGUUAGUCGUGUAGGGACAGAUAUCAUUUGUUGACUUGCAUCUGUAUUGUACAGUUAGCAUUGCAAUAAUUCAUAACCAAUUCUGAAUGGCAUAGCUGACAUGGGGACCCAACGCUACAAGGGACGGUGGACAUUGGCUGGGGCUAGCGACGGAGUGGCAACCCAAGGAGCGAACCGCGCUCCCGAGGACGGCUACCACGGAGAUGGAGCGGAUGAGUUGAGCUCGUGUGCACCGAUGGGAUUGCUGUAUUGCGAGACCGAGAGAAGGUGACGACUUAAAGGGGUGGUGGGGGCGAUCUUUAUCCAGCAGUAGAUGGAUCAUGGCCGGCUAUGAUAUCUCUGUUGUGGGUAAUUGUUCCACGUUGUGGAUCUUGGUAGAGCGUGGAUGUUCACGGUGCGUCUCUGUGCCAGGCGUGGAACGAUGCAUCCGCAUUGGUUAGGGAUGUCUUUCAGAUUAUUUUUUUGUAUUGAUUUCAAGUACCAGUAUUGGAUAUAAAAAUCGUGGCUUCGACGUACAAAAUUUAUGCAAAAAAAAACUUGAAUUGAUCCGAAAACAUGACCGUUACAGGAAGUGGCGUCACUUCCACGUUACAAGUUGAAUUUCUUUUGCUAAAUCGAGAUGUGACGUAGAAUCAGAAUCUGUCACCGUCACUUUUGCGAGCGUGAAGACAGGAAAAAUUGGUGCGGAACGCGAAUAAUCCAAUUGGCCAUGAAAAAUCCAAAACAGUGUAAACGGGGGAAACGGUCCUUUAUCGCUCUGUUAGCUCACGGUAACGUACGUCUGUCCGAACGGCGUGCUUCAGAUUCGACGUUUGAACCCACGUGUUGAAACCCGCGAUCAACAAACUAAACAACUUUUUUAUUUUACCAGGUAAGGCCUACUGAGCUGUACAGCUCUUGAGAAGCGACCUGGUCACAACUGAUAGCUCAAAGAAAGUGGCUUUUCACGUGGAAAUGUUUUGCAGCCAAAUACUCAACGCACGUUGAUUCUAAACGUGGAGGGGAAAGUCGGAGGACCCGGAGAAAACUCCACGUGAUCACGGGUAGAGAGAGAGAGACACGCAGGCUCCAAAUAUACAGCAGCAGGCGUCAGGGUUGGGAUCGAACCCACGAACCUCACGCGAACUAGGCGAGGGAGUUAACAUCUCUUAGCCACCGUGGCGUCACCACUACUACCCCGCAUCUCGCCCCGCACCGGGAGAUAUUUGCAUAAUCGUGACGCGAGCUUCCCCCCCCCCAACCCCUCUCUGCAGGGCUUGAUGCAAACACAGACCACCAUCAAUCCCCCUGUGAUGCUUAUUGCCUCAUCAUUCAAUUAUAGAGUCCGGCCCAGGGGCGCGCCUGUGUUUGUUGUGUGUGCGCGCGCGCGGUUUUUGUAAUCGUUAUUUCUAAAUGAACGAUGCGUUCCCGUGUCAUGGUUAAGGCUGGACAAAAUAAAAGAUCAAUUGCCCAUC